AUGAGUCGCAUAUUGUGCCGGAAUUUGUUGGCUCUGCAACGAUCGCGAGUGCUCAUCAUGGCUCGAAGCGCAUCCUCCUUCCUCAUUCAGGAACCCAAAUACUCUUUUCUUAAAGAAUUGGGACUGCAAGAAAAAAAUGUUGGUGUCUUUAAUGGAAAGUGGGAAGCCAACGGCGAGGUCAUUCAAUCAGUCAGUCCUGCUAACGGCAAAGUAAUAGCUGAAGUACAAGCAGCCAGUUUGAGUGACUACGAGAAUAGUGUGGCGGCAGCGCAAGAGGCAUGGCACCUAUGGGGCGAAAUGCCGGCACCUGCGCGAGGCGAAGUUGUUAGGCAGAUUGGUGAUGCGCUGCGAGAGAAACUACAACCAUUGGGGCAACUCGUCUCGUUGGAGAUGGGUAAGAUUCUUCCUGAAGCAAUAGGCGAGGUUGUCGAAUACAUUCACGUGUGUGACCUGGCGUUAGGGCUAUCGAGGACUCUCCCGGGCACAAUAUUUCCUUCCGAACGUCCCGGGCACGUGCUCAUAGAAAAAUGGAAUCCUUUAGGUUUGGUUGGAAUCAUCACAGCGUUCAACUUCCCAGUUGCUGUAUUUGGAUGGAACAGCGCUAUUGCUAUGGUAUGUGGAGACGUCAGCGUUUGGAAACCUUCAGAUACGACUCCAUUAACAGCAGUGGCGGUCACAAAGAUAGUUGAGAGCGUACUGAAGAAGAAUAAUCUCCCUGGGGCCAUAGCUUCGUUAUGCGUAGGCGGUAAAGAUAUCGGCCAACAAAUCGCAAAGGACAAUAGGGCCAAGCUGGUCUCUUUUACGGGUAGUACUGCUGUAGGACAACAGGUCGGUGUAGAAGUUCAGAAGCGAUUCGGUCGCCACCUGCUGGAACUUGGCGGUAACAAUGCCAUCAUAGUGAACGAGGACGCGAACCUCGACCUGUUACUGAACGCAGCUCUGUUCGCAUGUGCUGGAACAGCUGGUCAACGCUGCACCACCACCAGAAGGCUACUCCUCCACAAGAAAGUUUACAAAGAUGUUGUAUCCCGGCUGAAGAAAGCAUUCGCAGGAGUCAUAAGUAAGAUAGGUGAUCCUCUACUAGCAGACACCCUCAUCGGCCCUCUUCACACGCCUGCCGCCGUAGAAGCAUACAAGAGGACUGUGGCGGAGGUCAUCAAGCAAGGAGGAACUAUCGAGUUCGGGGGAAAAGUAAUGGAACGUGAAGGUUACUUUGUGGAGCCGACCAUCGUCACAGGGCUGCCACAUGACUCCCCACUAGUUAUGUCAGAGUGCUUCGCCCCCAUCGUGUACUGUAUAGAGAUUCCAGACCUCGAUACCGGCAUCAAAUAUAACAACGAGGUCGAACAGGGACUCUCUUCAAGUUUAUUCACAGAGAAUAUGGGUGAUGUUUUCAAGUGGAUCGGCCCGCACGGUUCUGACUGCGGCAUAGUGAACGUGAACAUCCCGACUAACGGCGCAGAAGUGGGCGGUGCGUUCGGCGGCGAGAAGGCGACCGGCGGCGGCCGCGAGUGCGGCUCAGACUCGUGGAAGAAUUACAUGCGCCGCUCCACCGUCACCAUCAACUAUUCUGGCACCAUCAAACUGGCGCAGAACAUCAAGUUUGGUGAUGAGUGA